CUCUUCCAUUCGUGUAGCUUGCACUCCCUCAACUCUUUCACAGUUUCACCUAACAUCAACAAAACCACGCAGCUGCAGCACCAACCACUUUUCUUCCUUCAUUCUCAUUCUUCCUAACACCAACACAAACAGAAUCAACAACACAGAACGAAAACAAAAAAAUAUUAUAUUUCUUUUAUUUUUAUAAUCUUGAAUAUUAUUCAUUUUCUUAACAGAUCCAAAUGGCUCUCUCGCGUUCCGGAUCCAAUCUCCUGAAACCGAUCUCACCUUUCUUCUCCUGCGCCCCAUCGAUUCUCAGCCGUUCGAUCUCUUCCUCCAAUGAUUCCAUCACCGUCGAGACCUCAAUCCCCUUCACCGCUCACAACUGCGAACCUCCGUCGCGCUCCGUCACCACCUCCGCCGCCGAGCUCCGCUCUUUCUUCCGCGACAUGGCCCUCAUGCGCCGAAUGGAGAUCGCCGCCGACAGCCUCUACAAGGCUAAGCUCAUCCGCGGCUUCUGCCACCUUUACGACGGUCAGGAGGCUGUCGCCGUCGGAAUGGAGGCCGCCAUCACCAGGAAGGAUUGCAUCAUCACCGCGUACCGCGACCACUGCACCUUCCUCAGCCGCGGUGGAAACCUAGUCGAGGUUUUCGCCGAGCUCAUGGGACGCCGCGCCGGAAUGUCCAACGGCAAGGGCGGAUCCAUGCACUUUUACCGCAAGGAAGGCGGAUUCUACGGCGGCCACGGCAUCGUCGGAGCUCAGGUUCCGCUCGGUUGCGGAUUGGCGUUCGCACAGAAGUACUCGAAGGAUGAGAAUGUGACUUUUGCUAUGUAUGGUGAUGGUGCUGCUAAUCAGGGACAGUUGUUUGAGGCUCUUAACAUUGCUGCGCUUUGGGAUUUGCCUGCAAUUUUGGUCUGCGAGAAUAACCAUUAUGGAAUGGGAACUGCUGAGUGGAGAGCUGCAAAGAGUCCUGCUUAUUACAAGCGUGGGGAUUAUGUUCCCGGAUUGAAGGUAGAUGGCAUGGAUGCUUUUGCUGUGAAACAAGCAUGCAAAUUUGCAAAGGAGCAUGCUUUAAAGAAUGGACCAAUUAUUCUUGAAAUGGACACAUACAGGUAUCAUGGUCACUCCAUGUCUGACCCUGGUAGCACAUACCGUACACGUGAUGAGAUUAGUGGUGUUAGACAGGAGCGUGAUCCAAUUGAGAGAAUAAGAAAGUUGUUGCUGUCUCAUGAGAUUUCUACUGAGACAGAGCUAAAGGACAUCGAGAAGGAGGUCAGAAAAGAAGUUGACAACGCCAUUUCAAAAGCAAAGGAGAGUGAUAUGCCAGAUCCAUCUGAACUAUUUACUAAUGUGUACGUUAAAGGUUUUGGUGUUGAGGCAUAUGGUGCUGAUAGGAAAGAACUUAGAGCUACUCUGCCCUAAAGAAUCUUUGUUUCAAUAUUUUGUUUCCUUGGUUCCGUGCUGAUCAAAAUUGCAGCGAAUAAAAAAAAUCUACCGCAGAGGAUUGUUUCUCUGCCUAUUGGUUUAGUUUUUCCUAAUUGUAUAUGAAAUUGAUUCUUGGGUAGCAAUGACGGUGGAAAUCAAUUCAUUUUGUCUUAUAAUUUUGGAGGAGCUGAUACCUACCCUUAUAAUGCAUGCAUGCAACUAGGUGCCCUGCAAAUUUUGGGAGUUCAUUGUUCACAACUUACAUGAAUCUUACAUCCACAAUUGGUGGCAAGAUUUCGCCAUUACUUUUUUCCCGUUUUACUAGAUUGUUUUGCAAUUGAAACCAUUUUUUGGGUUUUCAGAA